AUGUCAACCGACCUGAGAAGGCCCAGAGCCGGGGCCUGCGUCACUUGCCGCUCUAGAAAACGUCGCUGCAUCCCAUCCUCCACCGGAGACGCCUGCCAACUCUGCCAUUCACUCUCACGACCCUGCAGCCUGAGUGUUCCGCCGGCCAGAAGAGACAUCGAUGGCGGAUACCCCCGAGCCAGCGAGGAUACUGGUCCGUCGAACGCGUCGGAAGAUCCCCUCACGGGAUUGACAUCACGGCAAAUAUGGAUCGAGCUGGUUCACCUCUACUUUCGCUUCAUCCACGAUAUCCCCCACACCAUAUUCCACGAGCCCACAUUUCUGCGUCGCCUCGAUGAAGGUACGGCACCGAUGAUACAUGUUUAUGCGAUGUGUGCGUUGGCUGCGAGAUUCUCCAGUAAUCCAGUAUUCGACGGGACCGCCCCCUGUGAUCGCGGAAAGGUCUUCGCUACCGAAGCAGUUCGUCUCAGCCAGCCGUACAUGAUAUCCCCGAGCUUGGAAACCGUCCAAGGAUUCCUAUUGAUAGGAUACUUUCUCAGUGGGGAGGGAAAUGUCGAUGGGAAACACAUUUAUAUAGGAUUGGCUCGGUUACACGCAGAGAGGCUGUCACUUGGCGAUAACGCUAGUGCUGUACAUGAGGAGGAAUACCGGCGGAGUUGGCUGUCAAUCCACGUGGCAAGCCAUUGGUCGGCCUGGGAUAUGGCCAUGGAACCUAUGAGUCUACCUCAAGAGCCGGACUUCAUGCCGAAUAUUGACGAUGCGACGUUUCACACUGUCAGCGCAGAGGUGCUGAAUGCCAACUACGUGCAAGAUUCUCCCCGCUGUGAUAUGUGGGCUCAGAUGGCACGCACUCUUGGCAUAUAUGCGAAAGUAAACACUCUGAUGCGACAGCUUAGCUGCGACAAGAUCUCGUUUGCCGACUACUGCGCGCAAGCAGCCGAAGUGGAACUUGCGUUGGAUGAGUGGGCGGCGAAUCUGCCCCCAAGACUGGCCUGGAAUUUCGACAAUCUCAUGUUCCUGGCAGGAAGGAGGCUCGGACAAAUAUACCUCGCGAUGCAUAUCGGCUACUUUCAUUUCAAGCAGAUGCUUCUUUUCCCCUUCCUGGAUGCGAGAGCAGCGAGGAACUCGAGGCCGGAUCAUGCAUUCAAGUGUAAGGAUAGUGCGGCCGUUGUUUCGUCUAUUCUACAGUACUCUAGGAACAUCAAGCACUGCGAAUUGGACUACUUCAUUUACGGCCAUAUUGGGGUGGUCAGCUCAUGCGUUCACCUCCACACUCUGCUAUUCAGCGACGACUACCGCGAGCUUCCAAUGGUGCGCCAGCGCCUGGUGUCGAACUUUCAGUAUCUUAUGACCGUGAAAUCAUAUUGGCCUAUCGUCGAACACUAUACUACCCAUCUGCGUACAUUCCAGAACUCCUGCAGAGACUCAAUGUCGGAUCCGUUUGUGCUUGACAACUGGAUGGCUCGUUUCCUGAUCGAACACUCCUCACUUCUGUCGGAGAGGCAGCUGGCUCCGCACGCGGAACCUGGCACAUCUAUACAGCCUGAUCAUAAAAGUAGCUCUGGGAAUGCUACCCCUGCGCGUCCAAGUAUCGAAUUUCUUACGGCCCAGGGAAGCGAAAACAAUGAAGCGAUGGUUACAUUGGAGGAACCCGCUCAGUGGGAUGACCUUUCUCGAUUACUGCAUGAUCAGGAGAUAACUGGGGAGGCCCUGAUUAACAGCGCCUUGAGCUGGCUACUAGAUGACCGCUACGAUAGCAACCAAGUCACCCCGACAUGA